AUGUCUACCGCUCCAGCCAAGAAGAGAUCAUUCAGAACCUACUCCUACAGAGGUGUCGAUUUGGAACAAUUGUUGGAAUUGUCCAAUGAAGAAUUUGUUAAGUUAGCACCAGCAAGAAUUAGAAGAAGAUUUGCUCGUGGUCUAGGUAGCAAGUCUGAAGGUUUCACCAAGAAAUUAAGAGCAGCUAAACUAGCUUGUGAAGAAAAUGAAAAACCAGCUGCUGUCAGAACCCACAUGAGAAACAUGGUUAUCUUCCCAGAAAUGAUCGGUUCCGUCGUUGGUAUUUACAAUGGUAAGUCUUUCAACCAGGUCGAAAUUAGACCAGAAAUGGUUGGCCACUACUUGGGUGAAUUUUCUAUUACCUACACUCCAGUUAGACACGGUAGAGCUGGUGCUACCACUUCUCGUUUCAUGCCAUUGAAAUAA